AUGAAAGCUUUCUUUUCUAAGCUCAGAGAGGCAGCCAGUUCUGGAUCUGAACGGUCCUGGAAGGAUGCAUUGACCUAUGAUGAUGUGCAUGUGAACUUCACUUGGGAAGAGUGGGCUUUGCUGGAUCCUUCCCAGAAGAGUCUCUACAAAGAUGUGAUGCUAGAGACAUACUGGAACCUGUUUGCUAUAGGCUACAGUUGGGAAGAUCAUAAUAUGGAAGAGUAUUGUCAACCUUAUAGAAGACAUGCAAGGUAUGAAAACAGUCAUAGUGGAGACAAACACCCUGAAGAUACUCAAUAUGACGAAGUCUUUGCACAUCACAGUCUUGUUCUAAGACGUAAAAGGACACAUAUAGGAGAGAAAACUCAUGAAUGUAACCAACGUGGUAAAGCCUUUGCAUGUAACAGUAGUCUCAAAGUACAUAAAGGAAUUCACACUGGAGAGAAAACAUAUGAAUGUAACCAAUGUGGAAAAGCGUUUGCAUCUAACAGUGAUUUCCGAAGACAUAAAAGAACACACACUGGAGAGAAACCUUAUGAAUGUAAUCAGUGUGGUAAAGCCUUUGCAUGUAACAGUAAUCUCCUAAUACAUAAAAGAAGUCACACUGGAGAGAAACCUUAUGAAUGUAAUCAGUGUGGUAAAGCCUUUGCAUGUAACAGUAAUCUCCUAAUACAUAAAAGAAGUCACACUGGAGAGAAACCUUAUGAAUGUAAUCAGUGUGGUAAAGCCUUUGCAUGUAACAGUGAUCUCCUAAUACAUAAAAGAACUCACACUGGAGAGAAACCUUAUGAAUGUAACCAAUGCGGUAAAGCCUUUGCACAGAGAAGUACUCUUCUAAUACAUAAAAGAACUCACACUGGAGAGAAACCUUAUGAAUGUAACCAUUGUGGUAAAUCCUUUGCAUGUAACAGUAGUCUCCAAAUACAUAAAAGAACUCACACUGGAGAGAAACCUUAUGAGUGUAACCAAUGUGGUAAAGCUUUUGCACGUAACAGCAUUCUCCAAAUACAUAAAAGAACUCACACUGGAGAGAAACCUUAUGAAUGUAAUCAGUGUGGUAACGCCUUUUCAUGUAACAGUACUCUCAUGCUACAUAAAAGAACUCACAGUGGAGAGAAACCUUAUGAAUGUAACCAUUGUGGUAAAGCAUUUACACAUAAGGGUAAUCUCCUAAAACAUAAGAGAAUGCACACUGGAGAGAAACCUUAUGAAUGUAACCAGUGUGGUAAAGCCUUUGCACAGAAUAGUCAUCUGGUAGCACAUGAAAGAACUCACACUGGAGAGAAAUCUUUUGAAUGUACCCAAUCAAUACAUAGAGAAAAUUUUUUUUACCUCCAAAUACAUAAAAGAACUCACACUGGAGAGAAACCUUAG